UAAACCUCUGACGGGAUCGCAGUAGUAUGAGAACACCAAAAACCGGUCUGACUUCAAGAACAGUUUAAGAGAGAGAAAGUAGAGAGAGGAACAAACUUCCCAAACUAACCCACAAUUCCAUUUGUGAAUCAAAGCUUUCCAUUUCCAAGAAUCUGACAAUACUAACCCUCCACAUAUACACACAUGAGUACAUACACAGUCAUACAUACAUUAUAAAUAUAUAUAUAUUCUCCUUUCUUUAUUGCUAUCUAAUCUACUGCUACCAGUAAUCUCUUUAUCUACAAUCUAUCCCACCCACCCACAUCAACACUAGCAUUAAUUCUUUUUAUAUAUUUGUUUUUUCUUUUCAUAAUUUCAACAAAAAAGAAAAGAAAGAAAGAAAAUAGUACCUGAAAAGAAAAUUCCAAGAAAAGGAUUAAGGAUGAGAGAGUCUGUGCAAAUGUAUGCUCAUAGUUGCUCAUCUUCAAUUCUUUUUGUUUCUUUCUUACUCCUGCUACUAUUACUCUAUAAUAAUAAUAAUAAUAAUUGUACUGAUUAUAUUUUAUGGGAAUUCGCUAAAUCUCACCUUCACACCUCAACGACAGUCGCUGUUUGCUGUACAGAUUAUCAAUACGCAAUAGAGGGAGAGAGAAAGUCUCCAGUCCUUUUUUUUUACUUUUAGUGGGAGAGAGAGAGAGAGAGUGAUGGGUGAGAGAAGUGUGAGCAUUUUCUACGAGUUAAACUUUUGUGGGUUUGUGAAAUUUUCUAUCUUUUCGUCAAAACCAAAAGCUACCCAAUUCCGUGCUCUUCUCUCUACCCCCUUCUCUCUCUAAAAGCUCUUUCAUUUCGGAAUUUGGGAACCCUAAGUUUUAGAACGAGAAAGAUAACGAUUUUGAGGUGUUUUAGUGGAGGGUGCCGAGUUUUAAAGCUUAUUGAUUCACUUACGGUUCAUUUUUUUGGUUAGUGGAAAGAGUUGUUUGGGAUUUUGGGUUUGUUUAGUAAUGGAGCCUGGUGGUGGAAAUGGCGGGAGUGUUGGUGGCGGAGAGUCUGCUGAGCCAGCUGGAGUUGCCGGAGGCAGUGCCGGCGGAAGUGGUGGUUCUGAUGUGGAGAAAAAGAAGCCACCGGAAGGAGGAGAGCCUAAGGUUAAGCGCAAAAUGAAGACAGCUUCGCAGUUGGAAAUUCUUGAAAAGACCUAUGCCAAGGAAGCUUACCCAUCUGAGGCAGUGAGAGCAGAGCUGUCAGUUAAGUUGGGGUUAACUGAUCGGCAGCUACAAAUGUGGUUCUGCCAUAGGAGACUGAAGGACCGAAAGGCCCCCUCAGUCCCCUCAGUAAAGCGGGCGCGAAAAGAAGAUUUGCCGGCGGCAAUGGUGUCUUCUUGUGGACACGAUGACAUUGCAACUGGCGGUGAAUUGAGGAGUGGGCAUGCAUCUGCCUCUGCUUCAGGAUUGAACCCACAUACGCCCGUGGAUUUGCAACAACACCAUCCCCGUGUGGUUCAUCGACCUGGAACUGCAGUUCCGAGGUAUGCAGCUGAAAUGCCAGCCAUGAAGCGGUAUUAUGAGCCUCCACAGGCUAUAUCAGAGCUUCGUGCUAUUGCAUUUGUUGAGGCGCAGUUAGGAGAGCCAUUGAGGGAGGACGGGCCUAUUCUUGGAAUGGAAUUUGAUCCCUUGCCACCAGGUGCAUUUGGUGCUCCCAUUGUGACAGCAGUGCAUCACAAACCAGCGGAACGGUCUUUUGAUACUGAACUAUAUGAGAGACAAGAUAGUAGACAAAUCAAGGGGCCUACAAGGACUCUUCUUGAAUACCAGUUUAUUCCAGAGCAGCCAUCUAUCAGAAGUGAUGCAUAUGAACGAAGUGUUCCGCACCACUAUUACAGUUCACCUUCUGAAGCUCAGGGAAGCAGGCCUUCUUUAUCUUCUGGGCGCUCUUAUCUCCAUAACAGUGAGCAUUUUCCCUCAGGAUACAGUAUACAGACUCAACCGCCAACUUUAAGUCUACUACAUCAGCAAGGGAGACAUGCCCACUUAUCUCCAGCUUCAGAAGAGGUUGAUGUUGCUCCGCAAGGAUCUUCUCAUGGGAAAAUUAGUGUCGAGGGUAAUUUUGGUUCCCAUCCCAUCACUGGGCUUGAAAAUCAAUUCGUAUCAUCUGAGACCCGAGUCAUUCAUGAAGAGGAACGGUUGGAGAGGAAGCGCAAGAGUGAAGAGGCUAAAAUGGCAAGGGAAGUUGAAGCCCAUGAGAAGAGGAUUAGGAAAGAGCUUGAGAAACAAGACAUGCUAAGGCGAAAGAGAGAAGAGCAAAUGAGGAAAGAGAUGGAGAGACAGGAUCGUGAGAGGCGGAAGGAAGAAGAAAGACUUUUACGUGAAAAGCAGCGUGAGGAGGAACGGUGCCUAAGGGAGCAAAGGCGUGAGAUGGAAAGGAGGGAAAAAUUUCUCCAGAAAGAAUCAAAGAGAGUGGAGAAAAUGAAGCUUAAAGAAGAGAUGCGUAGAGAGAAGGAGGCUGCAAAGCUUAAAGCUGCUAAUGAGAGGGCUGCUGCUCGUAGAAUUGCUAAAGAAUCCAUAGAAUUAAUUGAGGAUGAAAGAUUGGAACUUAUGGAGUUGGCUGCCUCUACGAAGGGUUUGCCUUCAGUUCUAGCUUUGGACAAUGAAGCUCUACAAAACCUCGAGUCAUUUGCAGAUAUGCUCAGGGAAUUCCCACCCAAGUUUGUCUUCCUGAAAAAACCAUUUGGAAUUCAACCCUGGAUUGGUUCUGAUGCAAAUGUGGGCAAUCUUCUAAUGGUCUGGAGAUUCUUAAUUACGUUUUCUGAUGUUCUCUCGCUCUGGCCUUUCACUUUGGAUGAGCUUGUUCAGGCAUUUCAUGAUUAUGAUCCAAGAUUACUUGGAGAGAUACAUAUAGCUCUCCUGAGAUCCAUAAUAAAAGAUAUUGAAGAUGUUGCUAGAACGUCUUCAGCUGUGGUUGGAGCGAAUCAAAACAAUGCUGCUAAUCCUGGAGGUGGACAUCCCCAGAUUGUUGAAGGAGCAUAUGCUUGGGGUUUUGAUAUAAGGAGCUGGCAGCGCCACUUAAACCCAUUGACUUGGCCUGAAAUAUUGCGGCAGUUUGCUCUAUCUGCAGGUUUUGGCCCAAAGUUGACGAAAAGAAACAUUGAACCUGCAUGUCUUCGGGAUGAAAAUGAGGGUAAUGAUGCUGCUGAUAUUAUUUCCAACUUACGGAAUGGAGUUGCAGCAGAGAAUGCUCUUUCGAAAAUGCAAGAAAGGGGUCUUUCCAAUCCCAGGAGAUCUCGACAUUGCCUAACACCUGGAACAGUCAAAUUCGCAGCAUUUCAUGUUCUCUCAUUCGAGGGAAGCAAGGGCCUGACAAUACUGGAUGUUGCAGAAAGGAUUCAGGCAUCUGGUCUGCGGGACCUUACCACGAGUAAGACACCAGAAGCAUCUAUUGCUGCUGCUUUGUCAAGGGAUACGAAGCUUUUUGAGAGAACUGCUCCUUCCACUUACUGUGUGCGUACGCCUUACAGGAAGGAUCCUGCUGAUGCUGAAGCUCUUCUUGCCGCAGCCAGGGAAAAAGUUCACCUUUUUAAAAAUAGAUGUUUGAAUGGUGAGGAAGCAGAUGAUGGUGAGAAAGAAGAAGAUUCUGAAAGUGAUGCAGCAGAGGAUCCCGAGGUUGACAAUUUAGAAGACGAAACAAAUAUAAGUAAAAGCAGUGGGUCUUGUAAACCAAGUAGAUUAGAAGAUCACAAAAUUUCUUACGAUCUGGCUGAGAUGCCACCAGGUAGUGUUCAGAUUUCACCUACUUUGAUGGGGGAGAAAAAAACUUCUGGUGAUCAAUUAGUUGAUACUGGCAGUCAAUGUGAGAGUAGUAUUCCUGACCAAGAAAACACAAUAGUAGAUGAUGGAAGUGCAGGCGAACAAUGGGUUCAAGGACUCAUGGAUGGAGAGUACUCUGAUCUGAGCGUCGAAGAGCGCCUUGAUGCCCUUGUUGCUUUGGUUGGAUUUGCUAACGAGGGAAACUCUAUCCGAUUUGCUUUAGAGGAGCGCUUGGAAGCAGCGUCUGCAUUGAAGAAGCAGAUGUGGGCAGAAGCACAACUUGACAAACGUCGUUUCAAAGAUGAUUAUGUGAUAAAGAUGCAGUUUUCAUCUGUUAUUAAUGCAAAUAAUGCUGCUCAGCCAGGGGAUUCAAAUAACCCAGGGAAUGACCCAAACUACUCUAGUAAUGUUAUUGUUGAAAGAAAUCUUCCAUUACAAGAGUUUUCUGCUGGCCCCGAUAAUAUUCAGGUUCAGCAUUUGGGAUAUGUUGCAGAGAAAUCGCGCAUGCAGCUUAAAACUUAUAUUGGGUAUAGGGCAGAGCAGACAUAUGUAUAUAGGUCAUUGCCACUUGGACAGGAUCGGAGACGCAACAGAUAUUGGCAGUUCAUUACUUCUUCUCGAAAUGAUCCAGGCUAUGGCAGAAUUUUUGUUGAGCUGCGUGAUGGUCAAUGGAGGCUUAUUGAUUCCGAAAAGGGUUUUGAUGCCCUCCUGGCAUCCUUGGAUGUACGUGGAAUCAGAGAGUCCCAUUUGCAUUUGAUGUUGCAAAGAAUUGAAGUGACUUUCAAGGAAACUGCAAGAAGAAAUAUGUUGCAAAUGAUGAAUUCUGUCGCAGAUGUUGAAAAUGACGUAAAAAAGGAAGCUUUGGAAAAAACUUCAACCCUUGACAAAGACCCAAAUAGCCCUCCGUGUAUAUCAUCCUUUAUGAUUGGGGUUGGAAGGAACAUAGUUGAGAAAAGCGAUGCUUUGAGGAGAUACGUAGAUUUUGAGAAGUGGAUGUGGGAAGAAUGUCUCGAUUCUAAAUUUUUAUGUGCAACGAAGGAGGGAAAGAUAAGACGGAGAAACCUGCUGAGAGUUUGUGACCGCUGCUAUGUUUUGUACUUUGAGGAAAACCACUGUCCUUUUUGUCAUACAACCUAUGCCAAAAACUUGAAAUUUUCCGAACAUUUGACUAGGUGCAAAGAGAAAUUGAAGGACGAGUAUCUUUCCCCUUUCCGUGCUCUAUACUCGUCACCUCCCAUUCGUAUUAGAUUGUUAAAAGCACAGCUAGCUUCACUGGAGGUCUCCGUUCUUCCUGAAGCUUUUGAACCUGUUUGGUCAGAGGAGUAUCGAAGCCAUUGGGGUAUGAAGCUACAGACUGCAUCUUCAGCUGAAGAUCUACUUCAGCUUUUAACAAUGUUAGAAUGUGCGAUUAAGAGAGACUUUCUAUUGUCAAAUUACGAGACCUCGAAUGAGUUGUUGGGCAUUGGUGAUCAGCCUGCUGGUUUCGAGAGGGUCGGUGUGCUUCCAUGGAUACCUCACACGACAGCGGCUUUAGCACUGAGGCUUAUGGAACUCGAUACAUCCAUAUGUUACACACAACAGCAGAAAGAGGAAUCUCAGAAAGGAGAGCGAAAUUUCUCUGCGCUACCAUCAAAAUAUACUAUUCCAAAAAACGUUGCGGAGGAGGUUCCUGCUGAAGCUCUGCAUGAAGCUGGAAUGUGGCCUAAUGUCGAAAAUGGAUCGGGCUCGGGACGAGGCCGUGGUCGGGGAAGAGGUCGUAGACGUAUCAGUAUCGAGAAAUCUCAGAGGAAAAUCGUUGAUUCCAAGCCCGAAUCUGCUUCUCACAGACUUGGGGCACUGCCAGGAUGGAAAGGACAAUCGAAGGGACAAGGGGGGCGAAGAAAGGGUCGUCGCUCAGCCAGAAGUAGGCAAAGGCCAGUGAAGAAUGUUAUAACAAUUAACGCUGACAACAGGGCUAGCUCCAUUGAGCAGCAAUGGAAGGAGGAGGAAAUGGAAACAGCACAAAUUCAAAUCGAGGCUGCUGAAAACGAUAGCAGUCCAGAAAGAUCAGGGUUCGAGAACGAUAAUGGUCAAGCAUCAGAGGAUGAAUACGAUGACUACGCUAUGACAGAAGAGUAUCCCGGGCUCUUCAGUGGGAAGUCUGGACAGCAAAUGGAAAUCGGUGGCAACUAUGACGCUGAUCAAGGAAUUGAUGAUAUAGACUAUGCCAAUGACGAUUAUAUAGAUGGUGACGAUGAAGAAGUUGAAGGCGAGGAAGAUGCACCGGGUAAUGAAGACAUUGAAGGAUAUUUCAACGGUGACUCGGAGGAUGAAGGAAACAGAUUCAGGGCCGAGGAGCAAAUAGAAAGCGAGAGUCAAGAUUCACCAUCUUCGUCAUCUGACUAUAGUGAAUAAUUCUAGUUUCAAAGAAGGGAGCAAAAUGUAGCUGCAAACCAUAGUACAAUCUCCCAGCUCUUUAAGACUAGAGAGCUUUGUAGGAAGUUAACAUGUAUUUAUAUGUAUUAAUAGUUGAAAAUGAGCUGCAUAGUGUAUGUUAAACUGUACCCAAAUCUUGCAAACUGGAGUACUAUACAUCUCAAUUAUAAAGAAGCAAGAGUUGAAGCUCAGAAAUUUUAUUAUGAAUUCUGGGAAAUAUGUAGAUUUCAUCCAUUUUAUCC